GCCCCAUUUUUUAGCGGUCAUCCUUGUCGGGUGCAUAGCCUGAGAGAUUUCCUCUCUGCAAAACGCGCCAUGAUUUGUCAUCCUUCUCUCCAUCGAUCUCUUCCCAAGCACUCUCUUUCCCUUCUUUCCUCUGCCUCUCCACCUCUCCUCCAAUCUCUCUAUUUCCUUCCAAAAAAACCCACAAAACCCAUACUUGUGCACUCUGCUAAACCACUCUGUAUCAAAUGUUGCUCCACCACUCCCGCAUCCGAACCCGAUCCAUGCGAUACCCGACCCGUUUCCUCCCUCAAGAUUGCCAUCAUUGGUUUUGGCAACUACGGCCAAUUCCUUGCCAAAACUCUUGUUUCUCAGGGUCAUAAAGUUUUAGCCCACUCGAGAUCCGACUAUUCCCAUGUAGCCAAAAAGAUGGGAGUUUUCUUCUUUAAAAACCCCGACGACUUAUGUGAGCAACACCCAGAAGUUAUACUCCUUUGUACCUCGAUUAUCUCGACCGAACGGGUUCUCAAAACUCUUCCUUUACAGAGACUGAAACGGUCCACAUUGUUCAUCGAUGUUUUAUCGGUGAAGGAGUUCGCUAGGAACCUGCUCCUCGAUGUCUUGCCUGCUGAUUUCGACAUCAUUUGUUCUCAUCCCAUGUUCGGACCACAAAGCGCCAGGCAAAGCUGGAAUGACCUCUUCUUUGUCUACGAAAAAGUUAGAAUCGGGAAUGAAUCCUCCCGGGUCCAAAGGUGUGAACAAUUUCUUGAAAUAUUUCGAAACCGAGGGUGUAAAAUGGUGGAAAUGAGCUGCCAGGAGCACGACAAGUUUGCGGCGGGCUCACAGUUUAUGACACACACUGUCGGCAGAGUGUUGGACAUGUUGGGGUUGAAGUCAACGCCGAUUAAUACCAAGGGUUACGAGGCUUUAUUGAAUUUGGUGGACAAUACUUGUGGGGAUAGCUUUGAUUUGUACUAUGGGUUGUUUUUGUAUAAUAAGAGUGCUUUGGAGAUGGUGGAGAGGUUAGAUUUGGCCUUUGAUGCUUUGAGGAAUGAGCUUUUUGGCAGGCUGCAUCAGGUUGUGAGGAAACAGUUGUUUGAUAAAGGAGAGAAGGUUAAGAGUCUGCAUGAUGGUAGUUACCAAAAUGAUGCUGCAUCGGCUUUAAGCUCGAAUGCUCUGAGAUCUCAAGAUAUUAUACCUUAUGAAUUCAAAGGAAAGAUAUCUGAAAGUGUUGAUGACAGUUCAAAGCUAAAGAUUGCGAUUGUUGGAUUUGGAAACUUUGGGCAGUUCCUAGCAAAGACUAUGGCUCGCCAGGGCCACUCAGUUUUAACCUAUUCUCGAACUGAUUACCGGGAUGCAGCUAAAAAGUUGGGGGUUUCUUUCUUCUCUGAUGCUAAUGACCUCUGUGAAGAGCAUCCAGAAGUUAUUCUCCUCUGCACCUCGAUUCUUUCGACUGAAAAAGUUCUCAAGUCAAUGCCCUUUCAGAGACUGAAGAGAAGUACUCUGUUUGUUGAUGUACUAUCAGUGAAGGAGUUUCCAAUGAAUUUAUUUAUUCAACAUUUACCGGCAGAGUUUGAUAUUCUAUGUACGCACCCCAUGUUUGGACCCGAAAGUGGUAAAAAUGGAUGGAAUGGGCUUCCUUUUGUUUUCGAUAAGGUGAGGAUUGGAAAUGAUGAAAGACGAGUAGCUCGGUGUAAUAGGUUCCUUGAUAUUUUUGCCCGAGAAGGAUGUCAAAUGGUGGAGAUGACUUGUGCAGAACAUGACCGACAUGCGGCAGGUUCACAAUUCAUCACCCAUACGAUGGGCAGGGUUUUAGAGAAACUACAAUUGGCCUCGACACCUAUUAACACAAAAGGUUAUGAGACAUUGUUGAAGUUGGUGGAGAAUACAUCUGGAGACAGCUUCGAUCUUUAUUAUGGGUUGUUCAUGUACAAUGUAAAUGCAAUGGAACAGCUUGAGAGAAUGGAUUUUGCCUUUGAGUCAUCGAAGAAGCAGCUCUUUGGUAGAUUGCAUGGUGUUCUUCGGAAAGAACUGUUUGGAAAUUCAGAGAAGCUCGAGGUAUUGCAGGAGAAAUCAGUCAAGCAAAAUGGUUCACUUUCAUCUUCUCCAGAGAGUGCUAAAAUCAGCUAACUUUAUGUUUUUGUUUUAUCCGAUUUUACUUGAUGUAAUUUCUACAUUAUGGUGAUUGGGUCUCCCAUUGCUCACUUUGGAACCAGCUGUCUGCCAACCUUAUGCCCGCCAUUGUAGCUGCAAAAGUGAAGGUUUCUUUUUUCUUUUUAACUUAUUUCUAAUGCACUGUGGCCUGUGGGAAGCAGUAAUGAUGUUAGAAGAGGUUCUGUUUCUGAAUAAAUAGAAGGAAAUUGUAGACUAGGAAAACAUUAGGACAAGAAGAAUUGCCAGAAGUUAAUAAUGAAAGAGAUGUUGGUGAUCUGAUUCCAAUCGAGGCAUGGCCCAAGGAAUGUGAUGUUUCACUCAAAAUUUUGUCGACUUCAUUCGAUUACCAGAUUCUGAGUUAUCCCUAUGUUGGAGGAUUUUAUUGGUAUCAGUUUGUUUUGAUUUUCUACUUAUUCUUUGGAAGGGAGAUGAUGAUGUUGUAUCAUUAAAUUUCUGUUGCUUUAGCACUC